AUGCCUCUGACGUUUUGUCCCCACUGCAGCAAUGCGCUGACCGUCUCUCGAGCCGACCCUUCGACGGCCUACCCAAUGGGUGUGAAUCGCUUCCAAUGUCGCACUUGUCCGUAUCAGUUUGUGAUCGAUCGUCUAUAUGUCGAAGAGAAGGUGUUGAAGCAAAAGGAGGUGGAAGUAGUCUUCAAUGAUGAGGAAAUGUUCAAGAAUGCCGAUAAACUUCCAGUUCAAUGUCCAUCGGAUACUUGCAACGGCGAGUAUGCUUAUUUCUACCAACUACAAAUUCGCAGUGCUGACGAGCCGAUGACUACUUUUUUGAGGUGCACCACCUGCGCCAAGACCUGGAGAGAUUAA